CAUUCUCGUCUUCUCACCCGUGGAUCAACAUCUUCUCCUGAGACGCAGGUGACUGGGGCUCGCCAAUGGACCAGACCGUGGUGUUGAUUACUGGCUGUUCCUCUGGCAUCGGGCUCAGUCUGGCCGUGCGGCUGGCUUCUGACCCCUCCAAGAUCUACAAAGUUUACGCCACCAUGCGAGAUCUUGCCAAGAAGAAGCGCUUGAUGGACUGCGUCAAGGACUCCCACAAGGACACAAUGGACGUGCUCCAGAUGGACAUCACCGACCACCAGUCCAUCCUGAACGUCAGGGAAGGCAUCAAAGAAAAACGCGUCGAUAUUCUGGUGUGUAACGCUGGGGUGGGGCUGGUAGGCCCCCUGGAGACCCAGUCCAUGGAGAUGAUGAGGCAGAUCCUGGAGGUGAAUGUCCUGGGCACCAUCCGGACCAUCCAGACCUUCCUGCCCGGGAUGAAGGCGCGAGGAUCGGGCCGUGUUCUAGUGACCGGCAGCAUCGGGGGGCUGCAGGGUCUCCCAUUCAACGAGAUCUACUGUGCCAGCAAGUUUGCCGUGGAGGGCGUCUGUGAGAGUUUGGCCAUCCUCCUGCAGCACUUCAACAUCCAUGUCAGCCUGAUUGAGUGCGGCCCGGUCAACACGGACUUCCUGGCCAACCUGCAGCGGACCGAGCCAGGGGACCCCUCACUCUCGCAGGUGGACGCUCGCACCCACGCCCUGUACGAGACGUACCUCCAGCACUGUGACACCAUCUUCCAGGAUGCAGCGCAGGAGGCCGGGGACAUCGUGCAGGUUUUCCUGGAAGCCAUCAAGGCCCAGAGCCCCGCCCUACGUUACUAUACCAACAGCGCCCUGCUGCCCCUGACCACGCUGAAGCUGGCUGCGCGGGACGGCUCGCAGUACGUCAAGGCCAUGAACAAGUUCAUAUUCUCCAUCGACAAGGCGGGAGACUGCUGAGCGUCCGCACAGCAGACAGCAAUCAGCUUAACUUGUCAGUUACUGGGCAGUUGCUGCAGCGUCCCUGUGCUGCGUGACAAAUGAAGUAACGUGUGAGUAAAAAAAAGAAAUAACAUACAGUGUUAUUUAAAAGCUCAGUUGAAGGGUGUUCGUUGUUUCUGUAGAUUCUUCCGGAAAUUAGCUGAAGUGACUUCGGAAGCUCUGAAAAUAAAGUGUUGAUUGUUCAUUUGUA